CAGCCGUGACGUCGGCAGGCCUGCGCGCAGCCGUAACCGGUGUAGAGAAGAUGGUGCUCAUCAAGGAAUAUCGUGUGGUCUUGCCAUGCUCGGUGGAAGAGUAUCAAGUCGGGCAGCUUUUCUCAGUGGCUGAGGCCAGUAAAAAUGAGACUGGUGGUGGAGAGGGCAUUGAAGUGCUUAAGAACGAACCAUAUGAAAAGGAGGGCGAGAAAGGACAAUACACACACAAAAUCUACCACUUAAAGAGUAAAGUGCCGGGCUUUGUGAAGAUGAUCGCACCAGAGGGGGCGUUAGUUUUCCAUGAAAAGGCCUGGAACGCUUAUCCAUACUGCCGCACGAUUGUGACUAAUGAAUACAUGAAAGAUGACUUCAUGAUUAAAAUUGAAACGUGGCACAAACCUGACAUGGGCUCUUUAGAGAAUGUACAUGAUCUGGAUCCCACCACGUGGAAGACAGUGGAGGUUGUGCAUAUCGAUAUAGCCGAUCGCUCUCAGGUUGAACCUGGAGAUUACAAACCGGACGAGGACCCAGCAAUAUUUCACUCAGAGAAAACAGGCCGUGGACCUUUAGGACCAGACUGGAAGAAAGAGCUUUUGGCCAAGCCGGACACUCCUCGUAUGUGUGCGUACAAACUAGUCACCGUCAAGUUCAAGUGGUGGGGCCUUCAAACCAAAAUAGAAAACUUCAUCCACAAGCAAGAGAAGAGAAUCUUCACCAACUUCCACCGUCAGCUCUUCUGUUGGAUUGACAGCUGGGUGGAGCUCACCAUGGAGGACAUCCGCAGGAUGGAGGAGGAGACGCAGCGAGAGCUGGAGGAGAUGCGUCAAAAAGGAUCCGUACGAGGCACGACGGCAGCCGAAGAGUAGCCGCAUCCUUUUUAGUAACACGAGGCAGGUGGAGAGACUCCCUUCGUAAUACUGGUCAGGUUCGAGGCACCAGUGCUGCUCACGAACAAUGAGGCAAAACUUCACGAAUCCAACCAUGACAACACUUGACGAAAGACAUCACCGCAUCCAACCAAACCGGCCAGUGGUGGCACCAUCGCCCUCCACCACCAGACUGCAGAAUGACACAGUGAUCAGUAGUACUGUACUCACACACCUGCCGACAGGGUGGACACACAGUCACAGCUCGACCUGUUUGAUCCACUUUGUUAGAAACACCCGAGUAUUGCUGUAUAGUUGUGUUAUUCUAUCUCAGAAACAGAAACGACUUAAUUUCGGCAGGCAUCGGACCAAUUCUUUAUGUUUUUGUUUGGUUUUGUUCAUGUUUGUAAUGGUUCAGAUCUUUAUUUUCUUGUCUGUGUCUAGUCUUUUUUCCCCCAGAUGAAGCGCUUGCUUCCUUUAAAUUCCUAAUCACGUUUUUAAUUGGUAGUUUGUCAUAUCAGCGUAGUCCUGCCUACCAUGUCUUGUUUGGCUAGAUUAAAUGUGUGCAUGCACAUUUGUGCAAAAACACGUCCACCUCGCAAACCCUUUUCUGCAAGUGGCUUUUGCAUGAGCUCAGGCUGUUUUUAAGAGGGUUUUCAUGUUCUCAAGACACUUUGCGUGACGUUAACCCCUCAGGACUCUUCAGGUUCUCCUCACCAAAAUCUGGACUAAUUACCAGAGCAAAUCGUUGCUGUCGCCGCUGCUGCUUUUUUCUUACUUUUAGAGUCGCUUUAGGACAGGCAAAGUGCUUUUAUAUCGCUAAUCUACCUGUAACGCUCUCAGGGUUCCCACGGUCUUGGAAAAUCCUGGAGAUAUCAGGGAAAAAAAAUGUGAUUUCCAGGCCUGGAAAAUGUCUAGGUUCAUAACAAGCAUACACUUCCAUCGCUAAAUGAUUUAAAAAUUUAAAAAGCAAAAAUCUUGUAUUUUUCUUUUGCUAUUUUUUGAUCUGUAACUAUUUUUCCAGGUGGAUGAAUCUCUGGUUACUGACAUGCAAACAGUGACUCCGUUCGGGUAUCCUUGCGCGUAUUAUGCAAAUGUUACUGGCGUUGUCAUGACAACAGAUUUAAAUUCGGUGUCACUACACAGGCACAGUCAGUAAGAGAUUCUAGUGCACAAGUCACAUGUGUGUACUUGAAUCUUUCUUGUCCAGCCCUGCAUACUUGCAUUAUUAAAUGCAUUAGCAUUUCUGACAUUUUUUACAAUCAUACGGCAUAAAUUUAUAUAUUUAUAUAGUGAAUAUUGCAAUCAGAAUGUGUGGGAACCCUGAGCUCUGCACCUGAAUGUGUGCGUAGCUGCCUCAACAGACGCUUAGGACAAAGAGGAGAACGCAUUUUAAAGAGCUUGAUAUUUGUAUAGUUUCUAUAUAUCGUACCAGGUCAGAUUCGCAGGAUGCACUGGUAGAAUAAUUCUACUUCCUGUCCUCCUCGUCUCUGGCCAUGCUGCACCAGCUCAGAUCAUCCAGCCUAGCAAAAAGAGUGUCUGCUGUUUGCACUUGACCCGCAGGGCUGUUUUAUCUUCUCGUUUAUUAGUAACAGGUUUUUAACGUGUACGGUUCUCUGUCCAGACGACGGACGGAUUGGAUUUUUAUCAUAUAUCGUGGCCAGUGCGUUAGUUUUAUAAUAGUCGGGCUUUCAUGGACAGCUGACGGCACGCAAACCAGUGCCUGACGUCUGCGUUGAAACGUGCGAUCCUGUUGCAUUGUGAUCGUCUAGUUAGAAUUGCACAUUUACAACACGUUUCUUCUCGGUUUGCAUGUUUUGUUUCUUAACGUCCCUUUCAUUUCAAGGUCCACGAAUGUUCACGCAAUCAUGCAAGCCGUCAGGGCUCCUUUUUGGCAAUCAAGAAGAUGUUAUCACAUACCUGCGCUCCUCUUCUGAAAUCCAGGACGUCAGGUUUUGAUUUUUCAUGUUUUCUAGAUCAUAAUUGAGCAAUCAGUGCACUGACGCCUGUUCUGACAUACUGUCUUGAGUCUCACGGAUCGUGUGGUUUACUUUUGUACACGUACAUGGCUUUUUAGGCUAGCGGGGACUGGGAUGGGCAAGGGUUUCGGAUAUAAUGAAUGAAUCAUAUUGUAAUCGAAGCAUAACUGCGCACUCGGAGAAUCUACUGUGUUUUUUUUCUUGGGGAAUUACACGAUGCUGUUUUACUGUCUCUUUCUGAUCAUUUGUUUGAAAAUCAGGGGAAAUAUCAGUGAAUGUACAAUGGUGUGAUUUAUUCUGUUUUUUUCCUGCAGCUUUUGAAUUGGUUAUAAAUUUAACAGUUAACAAUAUAUCUAAUAAAUUUCGACACAA